AUGGGAUUAUCUAUCAAUAACGACUCGAUCUUUACCCCAGGGGACAACCCUGCAAACGCACAAUACGGCUUCAGGCGAACGGAUGUCCUCCCCGCGAUCGACGUGAAUACCACUCUAGUGGGUACGACGGUAUUUCACCAGAGCUUUCGUCUCAACAAAAAGUUGCCUCUAAAUCUAAAUCACGGUUAUCUUCUGGGAAGUAUCGAGAUACCUAGUGGCGAUCACGUCUUCGAUAUCUUCACGGGAUCGGAUUUCAACUCCGACGAUAAGGCGCCACUUCCUACCAACAACAGCGCCACAAUUCGAGUGCGAGACUUGACAACCAAGACUUUGUAUUCUGCCCCCUUGAAAAAUGGUACACUUUACAACUUUGCAGUUGCUGUAGACUGGAAAGGAAACAUGUUGACGGUGUAUGCUUCAGAAGGAAAUGAUGAUCUGAAGAUGGUUGCUGGUCCAGUGAUGAACGACCCGAAAGUCGUUGCAGCAGACAACGUUUUGAAAGGGGAAUGGCAUUUUCAAUUGAUCAAAUUCCCUCUUCCGGACCCAGCGGUCGAUGUUUCGAAGCGGGGAGAUGUUCCUCAUGUUGGCUUGCAAGAGGGAACUACUGAGGGAGCUUUCUACUCGAGAGUCUUCGUUGAAGACGGCGCAGGAGGAGUGAUCACUACGUCCGUAACUGGGCAUGGCCACUUCGGACGUAAGAAACACGGGAGUAAAUGUAAACCUCCGGUAGUACCACAAAGACGAAGGUAG